AUGGCAACAGCAGUCUCAUUGUCUCAACAAAGUUCCUGUAUAGAACCACCUUCGCGGCCAGCUUCGAGUCUCUCAGGGCAGAUAUCGCAUGCGUUUCAAUCAUAUCAAGUUAAUGGAGUGAUUACAGAUGAACCGCAUCUCCGAGCAGCCCUAUCUGAACUCAUUUCUCUUCCUAUAAGUCGAUCUACUGCUCGACAGUUUUUCCGACAAGCAGACAGCAAUGGUGAUGAUUAUAUUGAUUUUACAGAGUUUCGAAAUUUGGGUCGAGUACUAGCGCAAUGGCGCGAUCUUUACAUGCAGUUUGACAGUAAUGGAGAUGGCGUUUUAUCGCUUGAAGAGUAUUGGCGAGCGCUAUGUAUGUUUGGUUACGAAUUAGACACUGCAUUUGUGGAACGGUAUGCUAAUCAGCACUCUGAACUUAGAGAAGUGAGUGAUGAAGGGGGAGAGACUCGAGAAGAACGGGUUCUUGGGUUUGAUGGGUUUGUACAGUCGUGCAUUAAGCUGGAUCGGCUGAGGAAAGUACAUCAACAGUAUGUGUCAUCGAUGGGUGUAAGUCCAAACGUUGUACCGUUUGAACAUUUAGUAGGAAUGGUUCAUGGGAUUAUUUAA